AUGCAGGAUGUGAGUCUGGCUCAAGUGCUGUACAUGGAGUGGACUGAACAAAGCAUGCAAUGUUGUUUCCAGUGUUUUAUAGAUCAAUAUGACAUUGUCCGUCUGUGCUGGGGUCACAUUCUCAGUAAAUACAACAUUCGUAAUAUAGAUGCCUGUUUCAAAACCCUGGACAGAAUAUUCAACAACAAUCCAAGAGUAAUCGAGGCAGCUAAAGUAGGGAGAGGCUAUGACACAGUACUAAAGGAGCUUUUGAGGGCUGAAAUCAGUCCUAUUGUGGAAGAAUUUCACCAGAAUAUGAAUAAUGAUACAGUGUAUGAAGUUAAGUUACAAGCUGCUGCAGACACUUUCAUCAUAAUGGCCACUGGUCUGCCUAGAGCUUCUGGAUGUUUCCCUCCUUGUGGUUUUCAGGCUGAUGGCACUGUCUAUAACUGCGUGACUUGUCAGUAUGACUCCUGUGAAUUUCCAUUGGAUUGUCCAUUGCAGGAAAUCAUUGUGUUGGAAAACAAUAGAACUCAGAUGUGGUGUCAUGUGCCAUUUGUUUUGCCAAGUGACAUACAGAUAGUUUGGAGGUAUGCAAAGAUCAAGACACUGUUGAUGAAUCAGUUUAAGGAGGUGACAGUUGGCAUGGAUAAGCUCUUCUCCAUACCAUCAGCCCGACUAGAGCACUCGGGUACAUAUCAGUGCGAGAUCUUUUCCCAGGAGCGCUCACUAGUCCGCAUCUACUUUCAUGUUACAGUUGUCCCUAAUGAGGAAGUUGGUCAUGCAGAACUGCAGGAUGUGUUUGAUAACGCUCUCUUACCUGCUGGACAGUUUCUACUUUUGCCCUCUGUACCUUCAUUUUCACUGCUGAGGCUGCCUAGUCCAGCCCUCCUCACCAUCUGUCUGACAUCAUUGCUAUUGGUGCUGUUCCUCACUCUAGGGUAA